AUGAUUUCUUCGUUAUCUGCGCGCCUCCCUCGAUUGCCAGCUUGUCAGGCAUGCGCUCAAAGAAAGACAAAGUGCGACAAUGGCCGACCGAGUUGCUCCUUUUGUGAGAGGACUGGCUUGGAAUGUCUUAUUGUGACUUCCGACGCAGAUGGUAAUACACAGCUAUCUCGAUUAUUGAUUGAUGAGUUGGAGAGAAAAGAACAGGCUUUGUCUGAAAGACUACGAGAACUCGAAGCCAGAGCGGCAACCCAUGACCCCGCUACUGUAGAUACACUCAGUCCGGACGACCGACAUGGGAGAAACUCAAUAGCAGCUUCUUCCCCAGCGACAAGAGAAGGAGCUAGUAUAAGGUACACAUCUCUUAAGAUCCUACCUGGCCCGACUUUUUGUCUUGUCUUCAGAGUUUCAAGACAAACAACAAACGUCUUUCAGCAAAGUAAAAUGAACUCGCGUACUAAUAUCUCCUCUCAUGCCAGUUUUAUUGCGCACUUGUUCUCUGAUGCAAAUUGGAGAAGGUCUCAUGCCAGUUUGCUGCGAACACUGGCUGACGCACCAGCCGUGGGAGAGGUAUCGAUAACUCCCUGCUCGUUACCGUCAGCGGCAGAAACACAGAUGCUUUUUGAUAAAUACCUGAGCUGGGCACACAUUCAGAAUCCAUUCCUCCUACGUCGAAGCAUCUGGGCACUUCACCAACGCCUGUUCAACAAUCAGGACGCUUCUGCUUCCGUGUCUAACCACGACAUGUUUAGAGCGUUCAUGAUUUGUGCGAUUGGCUCUGUACUUCCCUACAGGAACAAAAUACAUGAACGGCAUCCGGAAGCGUACUACAACGCUGCACUACAGUACAUGGGUACUGAAUUUCUAACCAGAGAGCUAGACUCUGUUCAGGAUUUAUUGCUGAUAUGUAGAUUUGGAAUCUACCACCCCAUCGGCACAUCUGUAUGGGACGUGGUGAGGAUUUGCGGCCGUCUUUGCAUUGAGCUUGAGCUACACAACAACCCAACUGUCCGAGGCGACUUAUUACAAACACAGCUUAGACGGAGGGUGUUCUGGCAAUUCUACCUUAUUGAUAGGUACAGCUCAACCACACUAGACCGGCCAUUCCUUAUCGAUGACAACGACAUCAGAACAAAAUUUCCUGUCGAAGCAAGUGAUGAAGAGCUCGAAGCAGCUAACACCCAAGUCCAAUACCUUGACUCGUUUGACAUCAACCAAGAACCCAAUGUACAGAAUGAGAUGACCGUCUUCUUUGUGUCUGUAAGACUUCGACAGGUUUCAUCCCGUAUUCAGACUGAGUUCUCCAAGUUGCGGCGCAAGGUCGCUGACUCUCCAUCUAAACAUCUUCUCCCGGGCCAUAUUCAUGUGGUCAUGUCUAAGCUUCUGCAAGAAUUGCAGGAUUGGAGGAAUAGCAAUCCCAUCAUCCAAGAGCCCGGUUGCCUAUAUGAGACUCAAGAGUGGUACGACCAUCUACUUGCUAGAGAACGACUAUCUGUCUUGCGAAGAGCUAUAGAUCUCGUACCGAAAGUCAAUGGAUCACCGCCAAAGAGAAUGCUGACCUUGUUUCUGAGAUCUGCUCUAGAGGCUAUUGAUCGAUAUCACAGUCUAUGGUAUAAGAAGAAGCAAAUGAUGACACACACGAGAAGUUACUUCCACAUGUUGUUCACUGCAGGACUAUCGGUUAUGUACUGUACCUCUGUGUCGAAGACAAUCGCAGCAGAGGAUCUACGUGCCUCAUAUGAAGGAUUGCUAAGAUGUCGAGAAUUGUUGACUAGUGUCGUUAAGCAACUUCCUGAUUCUAAAAACUAUGUCUCCGUCUUUGAGGCACUCCUUCGAGAUGUAUCCCAGAGGUUAUGGCCAAGGGAAAGGGAGUCAAAUAACCCAGAUGGUACCUCUCUGACAGCACCAGCGGACUCAGCAGGUCAGAUCCAUUACAACGACCUUGGGAACUUUACGAAUGAAUUCCCUCAGCAUAUACUUACAGGCUCACUACCUUCUGAUGCGGAGAAUGCAUCGGGUUUUCUAAACCGAGACUUCGUUGAUCAAAGUGCACUCGGCCCUUUGAAUCAGUUUACAGCUCCGCUACAAGCAGAUAAUGACAUCGACCAUGAGGUAAUCAACUGGGCACUCAUGAAUUACGGCUCACUAUGGAACAUGGAAUCUGCCUUGGGUCAAUAUGUUUAUGGAGACCCUACCAAUACUGGUGUCUGGGAGGGGUUUGAAUUCUAG